CUCGUUCCCAAGGUCUGAGAGAAACCCUCUAUUAUAUUUCUCACCAAACCUCUUCCUCUAGAAGGAUCACCAACUUCUAUAUAGAGAUUGUUUGGAAAGGUGUAGUUGGAAGAGGAAGAGAAAGAUCAUAAGAAGUGAUGUCAACAACUUCUCAAACUAUUGUUCACCAUAGCUUAUUCGAGGAACAAGAUCAGAACAUGACUACACAGAUGGGUUUCUUUCCCUUUCCAACAAACAUUUCCUUCCCUCCUUUGGGCUGCCAUCAAUCUUCUUUGAAAACCUUCAGUUCCAUAGCUCCUUCUUCACUUGCAAUAUCUCAAACUGAUUCUGCAUCCAAUCUAUCAGAAACCCUAUUCUCAACUACUCCUCAAAAGUCAAGAGCAGACCUCACUUCUAGCUUUGGAGGAGCUCAAUUUCUUUCCUUGCAUAGAUCGAGUAUAAAUCCAUGGGCAUUGGGAGAAGUGGCUGAUUGCUUUAGCGGUAAAAGAAGUGGGGUAGAUGAUCAUCAUCUAGGAAUUUCAGCCAUGAAGAUGAAGAAAAUCAAGGGAAGAAGGAAGGUGAGAGAGCCUAGGUUUUGUUUCAAGACUAUGAGCGAUGUGGAUGUGUUGGACGAUGGCUACAAGUGGAGGAAGUAUGGACAGAAAGUGGUGAAGAACACGCAGCACCCCAGAAGCUACUACCGUUGCACACAAGAUAAUUGUCGUGUAAAGAAACGCGUGGAACGCUUAGCUGAGGAUCCAAGGAUGGUGAUAACCACAUAUGAAGGGAGACAUGUUCACUCUCCAUCAAAUGAUCUUGAAGACUCUCAAUCUCCAUCUCAACUCGGUAAUUUCUUAUGGUAGGGUAGCGAACAUAAUAUUUAUAAAAUGUAUAUGUAAUUUGUUAUUGAGGGUGUGCUUUGUAGAGAUGAAAACUGAAUAAGUGUAGAGGCGAAGGAGUGAAAAUUGAAAAUGUUUCUGGUCAUGAUCGAAGCAUGCUCUUCUCCAUCUACAAGUCCAGUAGUUUUCAUCGCUUCCAAGCACACCAUGAGAGUGUGGUUGAUUUUUCUAGUUUUAU